ACACACACAAACGGUAUUUCUUCCCUCUCAACGGUUUUAGUUUCUAUCGGAGAUGAGUGCUGCAGAACCUGCAGACGCUUUUGUGAGCAUGCUCAGUACCACAGACAGCCGGCAUGAGGUCAAGAUGGGUAAAAAGCUCCAAGGAAAAUGUCUCAGAAUCAUCUCCCCUGAGUCUCCUGCUAGGCUUCACUGCUGCUAUGCAAUGAUCAUGGUCCUCACUGCAGCUGUGAUUGCACUUUCUGUGGCUCUGUCAUUGUCAGGAGACCUAUUUCCCUCUCAGUCUGUUGGUCACCAGGUUGAGAGGGUAAAGAAUAAAAGGGGUCAUGUAAGAAAGUCAGAAGAUAUCUCAAUCAAAAAUGCUCAUGGUUCUUGCCCAAGAAACUGGAUUGGAUUUGGGAGGAAAUGUUUUUAUUUUUCUGAAGACACAAGUAACUGGACAUUCAGUCAGAACUUCUGCAUGGAAUUAAAGGCCCAGCUAGCUCGAUUUGACAACAUGGAGGAGCUGAACUUCCUGAGGAGAUACAAAGGGACCUUUGACUACUGGAUCGGCCUGUACAGAGAGUCACCAGAGCACCCUUGGAGGUGGAUGGACAACACAGAAUAUAACAGCUCGAUUCCCAUCCGAGGAGUAGAAGACUAUGCUUACCUGAACAACAAUGGGAUCAGCAGUGCCAGGAUCUAUGCAGACAGGAGAUGGAUCUGUAGCAAGCCCAACAGCUAUAUCCUCGAAUGCCAAAUUCCUUUUGCUUCUUCCUAGUCUUUGUCAAAAGAUGUUUUGUACCCUGAUAUCAACAGAUGCUGCUCUUUUUCCCAUCUUCCAACAUUGUUAUAAAAAAAAAAACCCUGAAUAUUUGCUGGCAUCACAAAUGAAAAUCAUCUUGGAGAAUGGCACAUACAGGGGUUUAGAACAACACUAAUGCAUCUAAAAUGGGUGUUGGCACUCAUGACUUAAGCCUCAGUACAAUUAGUGUUACUGAACCCCACUUUUAUGAUAUAAGGAUUUUUGUGCAGACUGUCAUACUUAUGAGAAUUUGGGACCACCAAAAUGAGUUCUCUAAGUGCACUUGCCCUUGGAUUUAAUAAUGAAAAGCAUCAGGUGGCAGUGGUGACAUGACCCUUUGAUCCCAGGGGCUUGUGAAUUUUUUGUUUGUUUGUCGUUUGUUUGUUUUCAAGACAGGGUCUCUCUGUGUAGCUUGGCUACACUGGAACUCACUCUGUAGACCAGGCUGGCCUUAAACUUACAGAGAUUUGCUUGCCUCUGAAUCCCAGUACUGGAAUCAAAGGAGUACACCAACACCAUUGGUCAUAAAUUUUAUUUUUAAUAUAGUCUUUCCGCUUAACCUGAACCUGUGACCCUUUGCAAGAAGCGGUGAUCACGGGUGUGCUCACCACACCAUACAUUCUGCAGUUCAUUGUUAAACUGCAAAUAUCUGUUAAAUAAUACAUUGUAUUUUUGUUAUGUCUAUACUUUAUUUUUUUAUUAGAUGAAUAAAGAAUAUUUCAUUUUGAAAUAU